AUGCCGCUUAACAUGCCGUAUCACUCCACAAUGGAAAAGGAGAUUGUCAAGGCCGCUGCUAUUUUAGAUUCAUGCUUUAGUUCCACUGUAUCCGCCGAUGCAUCAAUACCUGCCGAAUUGAUUCAGAACGCAGCAGGUCUCGCCUUCCUCACAGUCAUUAAGGCAGGAUUAAUCUGGACAGGCAAGAUGGGAACUGGUCUAGUCGUCGCUCGUCUUCACGACGGAUCAUGGUCAGCCCCGUCGGGCAUCGGUACAGCUGGAAUGGGCUUUGGCGCAGAGAUUGGUGGUGAAAUUGUCGAUUUUCUAAUUAUUCUUGGCUCUCCUAGCGCUGUCAAGACGUUUAGGAAAGGAACACAGAUCUCUGUGGGUGCAGGUUUGGACCUAGCAGUGGGUCCUGUGGGUCGUGCGGCAGGCGCCAGUGUUAAUGCUGGAGGUGGCGGUGUCAGUGGCAAUUAUACUUAUAGUCAUGCCAAGGGCGUGUUUGCGGGUGUUGGUCUGCAUGGAUCUACAAUUAUGGUGCGUGGCGAAAUGAAUUGUCAAUUUUACGGUCGCAAGGUCACUCCUGAUGAGAUUUUGAGUGGGCAAAUUGCUCCACCGCCUGGAGUAUGCGACGUGUUGUUCGAUGCCAUCCAUCGCGCGUGUAGGCAGCAGGGACUCAACAUGGAGUCCAAUCCAAAUUCAACUUGGUCAAAUCGUAGCAGCGCUAGCAAUAGCUAUGGACAUAGCAAUGGAACUCCUGAUGCGGCAGAUCAUGCCGCUGCUGCUCAUGCAUCGUAUUCUACACCUCCCUCUUUUUCAUUUUCAAACUUGAACAUGGACCAACAGCAGCAAUUGCCAGCGGCAGGAUCAUCUAGAUCCUUACCUAUGGCAACUGCAACACAACCGGAUCCAAGAGACCCGCGGCUUCAACGAUAUAGCACUUAUAAGUCUGAACGUGAACUGUACGAGCAAUUUGAGCGAAAGAAAAAUGGUGUAGUUCAUAUCGAGUCCACACACACUCACCCAACAAAUCCAUCACUGCAAUACAAGUCGUACCCUGCUCCAGCGCCUAAUAUGUCCUACACAGCACCCCCAGAGGCUCAAGCGAUGUAUAACUCGUAUGUCAAACCACCUGUCACCAAGGCCCCACAGCAACCUGUGCCACCUCUUCCGCCAUCCGCGAAAGGCGCUGAGAUGAAGCAGAUCUAUUCGGAAGUGAUCAAUUUCGUGCAAACUAAGUGUCCGCAUGCAAACUUGCAAGUAUUUAAGGACAACUGUCGGCUGUUCGGCCAAGAUGCCAUGUCGUUAGACGCGUUCUUCGGCUAUUUGCUUUCGAUCUGCUCUCAACCUAAUAUGAAAGAGCUAGUACCUCAAUUGACGCGUCUACUACCUACACAAGAGAAACGUGAACGCCUUUGGACAGUAUACGAGGAGAUCGAUGCAUGCCGCGAAUCGUUUGUGCAUUUUGACAAGGAUGGCAGUGGCACAAUCGACAAAUGA